AUGAGACAAAGAAUGGAAAGGCUUGUGAUUCUUCCUUUCUCUGCUGGUUGCAUCUCCGAGGCCAGUGUUGCUGUUGGUGUUCCUCAGCCAAGAAGAUCAAAACCAGACACCAAUGCUUCACCUCCUACAAUAAAAGGAGGUAAAGGUGUCGAGGAUUCAGAGAUCGUGUCUGGUGAAAACAUGAAGAACUCCUUGAGGCUGAUAGACGUUGUUCCAAAGCCAAACAUUUCCAAUGGCUUCAACAGGCUCUUCAAGGGUUUCAAGAAUUUCUCUCAAUUCUUUGUGGAGAAAGAUGAGUACGAAGAAGUGGAAAUGGACAUGGAAAUAGGGUGCCCUACAGAUGUGCAGCAUGUGACACACAUCGGUUGGGAUGGCAUUGCAACUUCUGCGGAUCAUCCUCUCUUUCCUCCACAACUCCUCUCUCUAUCCUCUCAAUCUUCACACCACCAUCACCUCUCCAACUUGGAUUUCGAUCCAAAACUUCAAACACCAUCUUCUCCCAUCAACCCUCCUCCUAAUUAA